GGCAUGGAGCCUAGGUACGUAAAGACAAGAGGAUAGCUAGGGUGCCUGGUCAGAGGAGGUUAAACAGGAUACAGUAUGAGAUGGGCUGGGGCUCAGCAGUCUCUAAGCCCCUCAAAGUUUUGUAGAGGGACGAGAGCUUGGGGUUGGAGAUGCCAGUGAGAAAGAUGAAUUCUUUUUUUUUUUUUUCUUUUUUUCGGAGCUGGGGACCGAACCCAGGGCCUUGCGCUUGCUAGGCAAGCGCUCUACCACUGAGCUAAAUCCCCAACCCCCGAAAGAUGAAUUCUUGUGGCUGAUGUGCUAUGUGGGAGACACAAGAGACAGAGCGGCUAGAGUGGCUUGGGUUGCUGUGGCCAAGACAACGUGAAAGAAUGUGAGGUGGGCUUUGAUCCUGGCCUUACAGUGUCUAGGCUUUAGCAGCUGUUGUGCCAUGUGCUAUUGCCACUGCCUAGAGGCCAACCUAAGUCCCCUAUGGGGGCCCCAGCCGACAACACGGUCCCUACGGCCAAGUUUCAAAUACCCCUGCCUACUGGCACAGCCCUCCCCCAUACUCGUGGCCUCCUUGGAGCUCCAGCCACUCAGGAAUUGGCCCUGCAGGGGUUCCCCCAGGUCUGGUCGUUCCCACAGACGUCCCAGAGGCGCGUCCCCGCGGGCUCAGCGGUCGCUAGGCUGCAGGCUGGUGCCCUGACCCUCUACGCUGAGCUGGCAGAGAGCGGUGCAGGCGGCAGCGCAUGGCGGCAGAGUCCGGGCGUUCGUGGACUCAGGUGCGCGGCGCGUACGGCGUUAGAGAGGCGCUGAGGCGAGGCGUGGCCCGCCGGCUGGACCCGGACUCGCAGCCCAACGGUCCGGUUCCCGAAGAUGCCCGCGCCCGGGGCCGCCUGGCUCGCCUGCGUGGCCAGCUGCGGGUCGAGGCGGCGGCGCGAGUCGAGGCACCGCGGCUGCUGCGGGUGGUCGAGCGCGCGGGCGCGCGAGCCGGGGCGACGGGGACCGGCGAGAGGAGCGAGGCGCGCAGCGGCGGCUCGGUGUGCUCGGUGUGCGGGGAGCCGCGCGGCGGCGCCACCUACCCCGCCGGUGUCCUAGAGGUGAGCGAGCGGCGGCUGCAGGAGGGGCUGGCGGCCGUGCGAGCCGAGCUGGGCGCGGAGCUGGAGGCGCUGCGUGCGGAGCUGCGGAGCGAGCUGAACGCCCUGCGCGCCCUGCUGCCGCCGCCGCCUCCACCGCCGCCGCCGCCACCCGCCCGCCGCGAGCCCCGCGGUCCGGCCCUGCUGCGGGUCCUCGGCACGGUGAACGCCUUGGCUUCGUCCUCCAGGGCCGCGGAUAAUGGCCCGGACGCCCCCGCGGAUGGCCUGGCGAACCGAGUCGUGGCCCGCAAGAACUACAAGAAAACUCCAGUGCCUCCAGCGGCUGCCCAAGGCGGCGGAGACUGAGGGGCUCCGGUGUCCCCAGAAGGGGGCAAAUCGGCCGAUGUGCGGUGCUCCUAUAGACUCCCCAGAUGCCUCCAACUGACAUUCCAUUAUUUAGAGGGUGGGCGGCAGAGGCUAUGCAGAUGGUUUUGCGGUGUGGUUGAUGACCGCCCGGGACUGAGUCUGGGCUGUAGAGCUCCUUUUGGCCUUGGAACUGGGGAAGAAUCUGGACUAGAGUGGCACUGCCUGAGAGGAGCAGCUGGCCGAGCCAAGGGAUCUGCAGCCUGGAGGCAAAAGCUUGUCUUUUUCUUUAAAGUCCUCGGACUCAGCCUCAGACACUUACACGCUUACUUAGCCUCCCAACAGUAGGCCAACACCAGCUUCUCUUUAGAAAAGACUCCACAGGGCAAUUAUUUGGCAGGCCUGGUUUUGUAACGCUUGCUGUCUCUCACAAAACCAGCCAACUCGGUGACUCGUGUCGGACCCUGCUUUUACUUUUAAAGACUGGCCUUGGAAUUUCAACCCGGGUCAUCAUUUUAAUCGGACACAGUAACUCCCCUUGUUGAUCACCCAGAUUGUAUAAUAAAAUGCAAUUUCUGGAGUA